AUGCCGGCGGGGCGCAGUGAGCCGGACGGCGUCCUCAGCUACCAGAGACCAGAUGAAGAAGCAGUUGUGGACCAGGGAGGGACCAGUACAAUUCUCAAUAUUCACUAUGAAAAAGAAGAGCUGGAAGGGCAUAGAACUUUGUAUGUUGGAGUCCGGAUGCCUUUGGGACGGCAGAGCCAUCGGCAUCAUAGAACUCAUGGCCAGAAGCACCGGAGACGAGGCCGGGGAAAGGUUGUCAGUCAGGGAGAAGAAGGGCAAGGGUCUCUUGCCCAUGACACACCUUCCCAGCGUGUUCAAUUCAUUCUUGGCACUGAGGAGGAUGAAGAACAUGUGCCUCAUGAAUUGUUCACAGAACUGGAUGAGAUCUGUUUAAAGGAAGGAGAGGAUGCUGAGUGGAAGGAGACAGCCAGGUGGUUGAAAUUUGAGGAAGAUGUAGAAGAUGGGGGAGAACGCUGGAGCAAGCCUUACGUGGCCACUCUUUCAUUACAUAGUCUGUUUGAGCUGAGGAGCUGCCUCAUUAAUGGAACAGUCCUCCUGGACAUGAGAGCAAACAGCAUCGAAGAAAUUUCCGACCUGAUCCUGGACCAGCAGGAAUUGUCCAGUGACCUGAAUGAGACCAUGCGAGUCAAAGUGCGGGAAGCUCUUCUGAAGAAGCAUCAUCAUCAGAAUGAGAAGAAGAGAAAUAAUCUCAUUCCCAUCGUGCGCUCCUUUGCUGAGGUUGGCAAAAAGCAAUCAGACCCAAAUUCUUUGGACAAAAAUGGUCAAACAGUGUCUCCUCAGUCAGUUCCUACUGCAAAUCUUGAAGUAAAAAAUGGAGUAAAUUGUGAACAUAGUCCUGUUGAUUUAAGUAAGGUGGACCUUCAUUUUAUGAAGAAAAUACCCAUUGGGGCAGAAGCCUCAAAUGUCUUGGUUGGAGAGGUGGAUAUCCUGGACCAUCCGAUUGUGGCCUUUGUAAGGCUGUCACCUGCUGUCCUCCUCUCAGGCCUCACAGAAGUGCCGAUCCCCACAAGGUUCUUGUUUAUCUUGCUAGGACCAGUAGGAAAAGGCCAACAGUAUCAUGAGAUUGGCAGAUCCAUGGCCACCAUCAUGACAGAUGAGAUUUUUCAUGAUGUGGCCUAUAAGGCAAAAGAGCGUGAUGACCUUUUAGCUGGUAUUGAUGAGUUCCUGGACCAAGUGACUGUGCUCCCCCCAGGUGAAUGGGAUCCAUCGAUUAGAAUUGAACCACCAAAAAAUGUCCCUUCCCAGGAAAAAAGGAAGAUGCCUGGGGUUCCAAAUGGAAAUAUUUGCCAUGUCGAACCAGAGCAACAUGGUGGCCAUAGUGGUCCUGAACUUCAACGUACAGGGAGGCUUUUUGGAGGUUUGGUGCUGGAUAUAAAGCGGAAGGCCCCCUGGUACUGGAGUGACUAUCGAGAUGCCCUGAGUUUACAGUGUCUGGCCUCUUUUCUGUUCCUGUAUUGUGCCUGCAUGUCACCCGUGAUCACCUUUGGGGGAUUGCUUGGAGAAGCAACUGAGGGACGAAUAAGUGCAAUCGAAUCUUUAUUCGGAGCCUCGAUGACUGGGAUAGCCUAUUCCCUGUUUGCCGGGCAGGCUCUCACUAUCCUGGGGAGCACUGGGCCGGUGCUCGUGUUUGAGAAGAUUUUGUUCAAGUUCUGCAAAGACUACGCUCUCUCUUACCUGUCCCUUCGAGCCUGCAUUGGACUGUGGACUGCUUUCCUAUGUAUUGUCCUUGUGGCAACUGAUGCCAGUUCUCUCGUCUGCUAUAUUACCCGCUUUACUGAAGAAGCGUUUGCCUCAUUGAUUUGUAUCAUUUUCAUCUACGAAGCAAUAGAGAAAUUGAUUCACCUGGGGGAAACCUACCCCAUCCACAUGCACAGCCAACUGGAUCACCUUAGCCUUUACUAUUGCAGGUGUACUAUCCCAAAGGACCCCAGCAAUCACACACUGCAGUAUUGGAAGGACCAUAACAUUGUGGCAGCGGAAACCAGUUGGGCCAACCUGACCGUCACUGAGUGUCAGGAGAUGCACGGAGAAUUCACUGGAUCUGCCUGCGGUCGCCAUGGACCUUAUACACCCGAUGUGCUCUUCUGGUCCUGUAUUCUCUUUUUCACAACCUUCAUCCUCUCCAGCACAUUAAAGACAUUUAAGACAAGCCACUAUUUUCCAACCAGAGUACGCUCGAUGGUGAGUGACUUUGCAGUUUUCCUCACCAUCUUCACAAUGGUGGUUCUUGAUUUUUUAAUUGGUGUACCAUCCCCGAAGCUACAAGUUCCAAGUGUGUUUAAGCCAACACGGGAUGACCGGGGGUGGAUUAUCAAUCCCAUUGGACCCAAUCCCUGGUGGACUGUGAUAGCUGCAAUCAUCCCAGCUCUCCUCUGCACCAUCUUAAUAUUCAUGGACCAGCAGAUCACAGCUGUCAUAAUUAAUAGGAAGGAACAUAAGCUCAAGAAAGGAUGUGGAUACCACCUUGACUUGCUGAUGGUGGCUGUGAUGCUGGGAGUUUGCUCCAUCAUGGGCUUGCCCUGGUUUGUGGCAGCCACUGUCCUCUCCAUUACUCAUGUCAAUAGCCUCAAGCUGGAGUCAGAGUGCUCUGCUCCAGGGGAGCAGCCCAAAUUCCUGGGGAUCAGAGAGCAGAGAGUCACAGGGCUCAUGAUCUUUGUGCUGAUGGGCUGCUCAGUCUUCAUGACAGCUGUGUUAAAGUUCAUUCCAAUGCCAGUACUUUAUGGAGUUUUCCUCUACAUGGGAGUUUCUUCACUUAGAGGAAUCCAGUUUUUUGAUCGCCUGAAGCUCUUUGGGAUGCCCGCGAAGCACCAGCCUGACUUCAUCUACCUGCGCCAUGUUCCUCUGCGUAAAGUGCACCUUUUCACCCUCAUCCAGUUGACUUGUCUUGUCUUGCUGUGGGCUAUUAAGGCAUCCCCGGCUGCCAUCAUCUUUCCAAUGAUGGUUUUGGCCUUGGUCUUUGUCCGGAAAGUCAUGGAUCUCUGUUUCUCUAAACGAGAACUGAGCUGGCUAGAUGAUCUCAUGCCUGAAAGCAAGAAGAAGAAGCUAGAUGAUGCUAAAAAAAAGGCCAAGGAAGAAGAGGAGGAUGAGAAAAUGUUAGAAAUGGGGCCAGACAAAUUUCCUUUGGAGAGUAGGAAGUUACUGAGUAGUCCUGGAAAGAAUAACAAUUUCAGAUGUGACCCUUCUGAGAUUAAUAUUUCUGAUGAAAUGCCUAAAACUACUGUCUGGAAAGCUCUUAGCAUGAACACAGGAAGUGCCAAGGAAAAGAGUCUUUUCAACUAAGAGUCUUUGCUGGGAUGGAAGAGAUGGCCUGGGAGGUAUCUCAGGGACGUGCCAGGAGACAGAGAAGGGAGCAAGUUUCUUAGAAAUGAAGAGACUCAUCCUGGCCCCCUCAUUCAGAUAACUGGAUUCAUAUUAAAGCCACACAGAAGUGUUCAGUUAUUUCCAGUGCGCUUUAGAGGGCAUUCAGCCAUCCUCAUACCAGCAGCCAGUCCCCAAGUGUAAGCUUGGAAGGAAACAGAAGAAAGCCUCUUGGUCAUCUCUCUCCUGUUCCUCCUCCUCCUCCUCCUCCUUCUCCUCCUCCUGCACCGACCUCAGAGCAGUUGCCACCACUUACCAUCAAACAUUCCAGUUUUGGACACUUCUGAAAUUCUUUCCCUACUGACCAGUUGAACACCAUGAAUCUUCUCCUUGGCUGCUGAAGAGUCCCAUCAGCCUCUGAUCACAGCCUCUUUUGCUAUGCUGGACCACGAUAAUGGGCAGAGUCAAAAAAAUUGUAUGAGGUUUCCUCUUUGGAUAGUGAGCAGGUCAGCUCUCUGGCCUAGGGACCUUUUAACAGAGUGGCAGACUUGGGAUGGCUGCUCUAGUGGGACUUCUCCAGGGAUUGGGCUUCUGACACGCUGCCCACAACUAUGGUGGGCCCAAGAAGUGGCAGAUUCAUAGCUCCACGGCCACACUGGCACACAUGUCAAUAAAAUUUGUAAAGGGGAACUGAGGUUCUUUAUAAUCGAGAAGAGAAGGCUGAGGGGGACGGUGAUAACUGUCUUCA